GGAAUAUUUGUUACGCCUGUUGAUCAGCAACAGAAAAUAGAAUUACAUGCUUGUCGAUCAGAAAGAAGACUCGAAGAGUUCUCGACUGCUUCUUUUUUUUAUUGGUUGAAUAUAGAAUAUAUAAAGAGCUUCGUUAUUGAAGAAAGUCGAGAAGAUUUGCAGCGAUGAUGUUCAGAGACUUUUUCUCGAUUCUUUUAAUAUUUCUACUUUGCCUUGUAAUUCCAUUCAAGGCUUUUUACAUUCCCGUCAAUGAACGAGACAGUAGAGCAACAACCUGUGGAUAUCAAUCAUGUCCGAAAAUAGAUCCGAAAAAACUCAAUAUCCAUUUAGUGGGACAUACACACGACGACGUUGGAUGGUUGAAAACAGUUGAUCAAUAUUAUUAUGGAGGUCGGCCCAAUAUUCAAUUGGCAAGUGUUCAGUAUAUCUUGGAUUCUGUAAUCGAAGCAUUAGAAGAAAAUCCUGAAAGAAGAUUCAUUUACGUGGAGACGGCCUUCUUCUGGAAAUGGUGGCAACAACAAAAUGACAAUGUAAAACGUGUGGUGAAAAAUUUAAUUAACGAAGGAAGAUUAGAAUUCAUUGGCGGAGCAUGGAGCAUGAAUGAUGAGGCUGUCACUCAUUAUCAAUCAAUUAUCGAUCAAUUUACUUUGGGCCUUAGUCGCUUAAAUGAUACAUUUGGAGAAUGUGGACGACCGAAAAUUGGCUGGCAAAUUGAUCCCUUCGGUCAUUCUCGAGAGCAGGCGUCAAUUUUCAGCCAAAUGGGAUAUGAUGGAUUAUUUAUUGGUCGAUUGGAUUACAAGGAUAAAUCUCAUCGAUUAGCGAGUAAAAUGACGGAAUUUAUUUGGAAGAGUAAUCCCAGUUUAGGAAGCAAAGCUGAUUUGUUUACGUCCGUUCUUUAUAAUUUUUAUAAAGCACCUUCUGGCUUUUGUUUUGACAUCGUUUGUGAAGACGAGCCUUUAAUAGACGAUCCAGAUAGUCCUGAUUACAACAUGGACAUGAAGAUGGAGUCGUUUUUAGAAUUUUGUCAAAUUCAGGCUGAAUCUUACAUGACGAACAAUAUUAUUCUUACGAUGGGAGAGGAUUUUAAUUAUCAAAUUGCACGCGCUUGGUUUGUUAAUUUGGAGAAACUGAUUAAAUACAUUAAUCUUCGGAAUGGAACAGAUUUCAAUGUUUUUUAUUCAACACCGUCUUGUUAUUUAAAAGCAGUAAAUGAUGUUGGUAUAACUUGGCCAACAAAAGACGACGAUUUCUUCCCCUAUGGAAGCGAUUCGCAUUCAUAUUGGACUGGAUAUUUCACCUCAAGACCGAGUCUCAAAUUUUUUGAAAGACUCGGCAAUAAUUUUUUGCAGGUUGUAAAGCAAAUUGCAGUUUUGAGUGACAUUCCCUCAAAUAGCGAUUUAGAUAAAUUUCGUGAAGCGAUGGGAAUUUUGCAACAUCACGACGCAGUUGCAGGUACUGAACAACAACACGUUGCCAAUGAUUACGCGCGAAUUUUGCAUCACAGCAUAAAAGGAGGAGAAAAAAUUGCAAUUACUGCCCUUAGAAAAUGGUUGGAUACAAAAAAGAAUGACAAUGGAACUUCAAUUGAUUUUCAUUCUUGUCUUCAACUAAAUAUCAGUUCUUGUCGAUAUACUGAGGAAAAUGAAAUUUUUGUCGUCACUUUAUACAAUCCGACAAGUCAACCCCUUACAACUUAUGUGAGAUUACCUGUCACUAAAACUUGUUACACAGUUGUCGAUUACUUGGGAAUUAAAGUUGUAAAUCAAUUGGUGCCAAUUCCCUUGGAGGUGAUAAAUAUACCAGGUCGCGUGAGUGCAGCAAAAUACGAGUUAAUAUUUUCUGCUGUUGGCAUACCGCCUUUAGGAUUCCAGUCUUUCCACGUCAGCUCUAAGAGUUCAUCUCUCGAAGAGGAAAAUUUAAAUACUUUCAACAACGAAAUUUCUAAUUCGAUAGGCGGUGAUACGUUUAAUAUUUCAGUAGAUAAAAAAGGAAACGUCUAUGUUUUAUCGAAAUUAAGGAAAGAUCUAAAUUUCGUACAGUCGUUUUCUUAUUAUGAAGCUGCACAAAAUGGGAAAAUUAACUCAACUCGAAGAAACUCUGGAGCCUAUGUUUUUCGACCAAAAGAAAAUACAAAUGCUAAAUGCUUCGAUUAUAGAGGAAACUACAAAAUAUACAAAGGUCCUUUAGUUGAGGAACUUCAUGUUAAAAUUAACGAUUGGAUUAGUCAAAUUAUUCGAGUGUAUAAUGGACAAGAACGAGUUGAAUUUAAUUGGCUCAUUGGACCAAUAAAUGUUUCUGAUAAUGUGGGCCGAGAAAUAGUGACGAGAUACACGACGAAUUUAAAAUCAAAAGAAAUAUUCUACACGGACAGUAAUGGACGACAAAUGUUAAGACGCAGGAGAAAUUCAAGGCCCACUUGGAAUCAAACAUUCGAAGAAGUCAUUUCAUCAAAUUACUAUCCGGUCACAACAAAAAUUUACCUACAAGAACCAGAGAAUAAAUUGAAACUCAGCGUUUUCACCGACAGAUCUGAGGGAGGCACAAGUCUUCAAGAUGGAGAGUUAGAAUUGAUGUUGCAUAGAAGAUUGCUGAUGGAUGACGGCUUUGGAGUUGUAGAGCCUCUCAACGAAGAGGCUUUUGGAGAGGGUUUAGUUGUCAGAGGUCAACACGUUUUGUUUUUGGGAGAAAUUAAUGAAAAAUCGAUUCUUGAUGAAAAAGAACAAGCUCUACAAUUGUCCUUGAAACCUUGGACUUUUAUUACUCCACUUCAAGACGUUUCCUAUGAUCAAUGGAAGAAUAAUUUCAAUAUGCAGGGAAGCAGCCUUAAUACAGUUUUGCCAUUGAAUGUUCGUAUAUUAACACUCGAACCUUGGAAGGAGGAUAGUGCAUUAUUAAGAUUAGAACACAUUUUUGAAAGUAAUGAAUCUUCAAUAUAUUCACAACCAGUGAAAAUUAACAUUCAAGAUUUAUUCUCAAAAUUCAAAGUAACGACAAUGCGGGAAACAAAUCUUUCCGGAAAUCAAUGGCUUGGCGAUGUGAUUCAACGAGAUGGGGAUACAUUAUCGAACAUGACAAAUGAUGAAAAAUUUGUCAUUCAUAUUAAUCCCUUUGAAAUUAAAACAUUUGUCGUGAAACUUGUGAAACGGUAAAAGGCGAGUCACAAAUAUUCAGUUAUUCUUAAAAUUUUUUAUAAAUUAGUUGUCAAAAUUUCAAUUUUCAUAAAAUAAAUGAAUUCAAUUAUUUUCAAUACAAUU